AGAAAUGGGAGAAAAACAACAAUGGACCAAUGAGCAUUUAAAAUGCUUAUUGGAUACUUGUAUUGAAGAAGUAGAGAGUGUCGGGGCAUCCGAAGGCUGCUUCAUUGAGAAUAAUUCCACUGCCUUUUCUAGAUCUUUGUGCGUGUCUUUUUUUGAUGGAAAUCGUGCUAUUGAUAAUUUUAGGAGUUACUCAACCCAAUCAUCAUCAGUAGCUGGAGCAUCCUCUUUUUGUCUUUCACCACUUCAGAUUCACGCCACCGCUUUUCAUGUAAUAGAUGAUGAUGGUGAUGACACUUCCCACCAUGAGCCACCACCUUCUGCUGCUUCACCAUCUGGUAAUCCCAACAAAAGGGAUAAACCCUCAACUCCUAUACCUCCUAGUGCCUUACCAUAUGCUUCUUCAUCUGAUGGAACUACUAUUACUGGUGACGAUUUAGCAUUAGAAAUGAAAAAAGCUCUACAAAGUUUGACUUAA